CGCAGCUAUCUCUGUUUGUAGCUGCAGUUUUACGUCCACCGUCAAGGAUAGCGCAACGCACCUCUCCACGAACAACGCUCGACGUUUCUUCAAAGGAGCUUGCGUGGCCGGGUGCUUCAGAAAUGCCUAACCUUGUCUCGGCCCAGCUUGAUGCAAGGCAAGUCGUCGAGGACGCGGUGGCAUCAAGAAAGGAGCAGCUGCACGCCGUGGGCCGCUUCCUAUGGGAGAACCCCGAGACCCGUUUCGAGGAGCACAAGGCGCACAACAUUCUUUGCACGUUUCUUGAAACAGAAGGUUUCGACGUAAAGCGACACUACGUUCUACAGACUGCUUUCCGCGCCGAGUACGGAGUCGGUUCGUCGCCGGUUGUGGCCCUGCUAUGUGAGUACGACGCCCUGCCGGGGCUCGGUCACGCCUGUGGACACAACUUGAUUGCCGAGAGCGCCAUCACCGCUGCGGUGGCCGUGCGCGACCUGAUGAAGAGACAAGAGGAGCUGUGCGGAACACCUGUACAAGGCAGGGUGGUGGUGCUGGGCACGCCCGCCGAAGAGGGUGGUAUGGGCAAGGAGCUCCUUUUGCGAGCCGGUGCCCUGGAUGGCAUUGACGCGGCUCUGAUGGCACAUCCAGAGACGAGGAGCGCUCUGCGAGUCGUCCUGUCAGCGCGAUGCGGGGUCACCGUACUCUUCGAGAACGACGCAAAACAACCGGGCGUGCAGUCAAGUGCUUUGGACGCCGCCGUGUUCGCCUACUCAGGCCUGUCUCUACUUGCGGGCUCGCCUGGACCCAGAGUGCAAAAUGCAUGGAAUGGUCUUCGUGGACGCUCUUGACUGUCGACCUGUGCUGUCUGGCGCGACAUCGGACAUCGGCAAUGUGUCGCACGUAAUACCAACCAUUCACCCCGGCUACCGCAUCGAGUCCGCCGCCACUAACCAUACGGCUGAAUAUUGCCGUGCGGCUGGUACCACGGAAUCGCAGGAAAGAGCCCUGGAGGUGGGCAAGGCACUGGCGCUCACAACCUUCGACCUCCUUCGCGACCAGCGGCUCCUGGACUCGGCCAAAGAGUAUUUUGAACGCCGCUGCGAGAGGCUCUCAGUGUGAAUGCCGCGUCACAUGCAUGCAUGCAUGAUGCAUGCGCUGUCCUGUGUGAUGGAUGCCUAUCCUGCCUUUAGGUGGAAAAGGUAUAUGGCGCAAGGCGAACCAUCUUCUCGAAGAGUGUCGGAAAGAAGAAGAAAGCAUGAACUUCAUUUGCAUCAAUUGAUCAACUUGCUUUCACUCCGCGUUAUUUCCCGAUACUUACUUCUUGCAACCCCUUCGGUCAGUGGAUAAUACGAAUCAUUUUCUUCCCGAUGCAGUGAGCCAAGAGUAAAUUAUUCGCAUGCACUUGCACUUGGCAACAGAUU